AUGAACCAUAGAAUGAUGUUCUAUGGUUCAUGGUUCAUGAUUCAAGGACGUUCAACGGACGUACUGGUGGGGGAAGCUAAAACCUGUCCACAGCUUUUAGUUAGUGAGAUAAUUAUGUCUAAAAACGAUUUAACAGAUAGGGAGUUGGAAGAGAUAUUAGCUCGGAGUGAUAGUGAAUAUGACGAGAUUGAUGAGCCGAUGGAGCUUGACAAUGAAGACAAUUGGCCAGACGAUGACAUCAUUAUAACGCCCGCUGAAGAAAAUAAUAUUGAGGAGUUUUUUUCGAAUAGAACAAACUUAGUGGAGUCAAGUGAAGAUUCAGACAGCAGUAGUGAUCAACCAGUGCACGCUGCAGCGUUUCAAAGUGAGAGAAGCUUUUUAUGGACAACUAAGGCUUUUGACCCAAAGGUACAUCCAGCUCUAAAAUAUUUUGAAUUUUUUUUUACCCAAGAGUUAGUGGAACAAAUAGCGGCCGAAACUAAUAAAUAUUACGACUAUUUAUUAUUGCAAGACCAAUCUGAACAUUCACGUAUCAAGAGGUGGCGGCCAGUGGAAUAUAAGGAGAUGUACUCUUACUUUGCUGUAGCAUUACUAAUGCCACAUGUAAAGAAAAACAAAUUAAACUAUUAUUGGUCAAAUGAUGAAUUUAUCAAAACCCCAAUUUUUAGCAGACUUAUGAAAAGAGACAGAUUAUUACUAAUAACGAAAUUACUUCACUUCACUGAUAAUAAUGGUCCCUUACCUGAAGAAAAAGAUUCCUUGCAGAAAGUAAGAGCUAGAGUUUUUUUUCGACAAUAUAUGCCAUCGAAAAGACACCGGUUUGGAGUAAAUUUUUUUUUAUUAUGCGAUACUGACACGGGUGAUAUACUUGAUUUUAUUGUCUACACUGGUGCCUCGACAAAUGUAAAGGAAUUUGAUGGAGCUGAUAUUGGAAAAUCUGGCAGCAUAGUAAUGACUUUACUUGAGUCUUACCUAGAAAAGGGUCACACCUUAUUCGUGGAUAAUUGGUACACUAGCCCCAAUUUGUUUGAGUCGUUGUAUAAAAGCAAGACAACCGCUUGUGAGAAGUUACAAAAGGGUGAGUUUACUUAUAGAUCUACUGAAAACCUGCUUGCAGUAAGAUGGCAAGAUAAAAGGGAAGUUAACAUGUUGUCAAGUUGCCAUAAACCUGACGUCGAGGAGACAGGAAAGACAGACCAUCAAACAGGAAGAAGGAUCAUGAAACCCAGCUGCAUUGUUAAUUAUAAUCAACACAUGGGUCCCGUCGAUAAAUCAGAUAUGCUCCUUUCUUCUGUAGAGUGCGUUCGAAAAUCAAUGAAAUGGUACAAAAAUUAG